CGCCUGUCUACUAAAGUUCACACCACUGCCUGCCAACCAGUGUCACACCGCGAUGGACGCUGCCAGCAACGCGACUGCCGUGGCAGCCUUGCAGUGUCCUGCAAGCAGCCCGGUGCUGCUCUUCCUGGCCGGUGUGCUCGCCAGCAUCAACAACAAGAGGGAGGCCGAGAGGGCGCAGCGGCGGCAGGAAGGAAAUGGCGCCCUGUCCGAGUACGACUACGUGGUGGUGGGCGGCGGUUCGUCCGGCUGUGCGGUGGCAGCGCGUCUGUCUGAAGACAGGUCCGUCUCCGUGCUCCUGCUGGAGCGGGGCGGACGUGAGCCAGAGGAAGCCAGGGUGCCGGCCUACAGCUUUAACAACAUCAAAAGUGACAUGGCUGAGGUGUAUAGGGCUGAACCUGAAUCGCAAAACUGCAACUCUACUGGCUGUGUCAUCAACGUCCCAGCGGUGCUUGGCGGUGGAAGCACUCUGAACGGCAUGCUCUACGUCCGCGGGAGCAAGGAGGAUUACGAAGAGUGGGCCAGGCUGACGGAGGACAGGGGCUGGGCCUACGACAGCGUGCUCCAAUAUUUCAAGAAGGCCGAGGACAACUUAAACCCAACCAUCAGUGAGAACAGAAGAUACCACGGCCGCGGCGGCCCGCAGAAGGUGUCCUGGGAGCCGUAUCGGCACCCCGCCAUGCCGCUCUUCCAGCGGGCCUUCCAGGCCGCGGGCGUGCCCUUCCGCCUGGACAUCAACGCCGAGAGCCAGCUGGGCCACUCCGUGGUGCAGACCACCACGGCCGGCGGCGAGCGCUGGUCCACGUACCGCAGCUACGUGGAGCCCGUACUGCGGAGGGCCAACCUGCGCGUCGAGACCUUCGCCACCGCCAGGAGGGUGGUGCUGGACGCCGAGGGCCGCGACGGGCUGCGGGCGGUCGGCGUCGAGUACGAGGACGCGCGGGGACAGAUCCGCGUGGUUGGGGCCAAACGGGAGGUGGUACUGACGGCCGGUGCCGUGCACACGCCUCAGCUGCUGAUGUUAUCCGGCAUCGGCCCGGCCAGCCAACUCAGGGCGCUGAGCAUACCUCCGCUCAGGGACCUGCCCGUGGGCGCACGUUUGAUGGACCACCCUGACGUGUCCGGCGUGCCGUACAAGUGCGCGCCUCCACUCUGUGUGACGGACUGGCAGAGCCGUCUGGGUGACUUGCGCCAGUACAGAGAGAACCGGACAGGCCCGUUGUCUGCGGUCAACUUCCCACACUUGAUGUCUUUUACCAGGAGCUCGCUUGCCAAGCCUCUGACGGGCGACCAACCGGACGUUCAGAUCCAACUCGUCGGCCGCACUGUCGACGGGAAUGUGAACUGCUUGCCGCAAGACGCUUGGCGCCUCAACAGGGUGGUUCCCAUCGUCUCCCUAAUGCGCCCCUACAGUGAAGGGUGGGUGCGCCUCAACACGUCAAAUCCGUACGGCCGUCCGCUGGUCAAGUUCAACUACUUCGGGGACGCCGAUGGCCACGACAUUGCAGUCGUCAAUGAGGGUCUCAAGCUGGGCCUCAGGCUGAACGCCACCCUCGCCACGUUCGGCCUGACCCUGGACAAGGACAGCGUCCGAGAUUGCACGUCUGAGGGCCCUUUCGGCUCGGAGGGGUUCCUCCGCUGCAUUGCGCGCACGCGCACGCAGACGGCGUGGCACUGGAGCGGCACGUGCCGCAUGGGCCGCCCCGGCGACUCGGCGGCCGUGCUGGACUCCCGGCUGCGCGUGCGAGGCGUGCGGAGGCUGCGGGUCGCCGACGCGUCCGCCAUCCCCUUCAUCCCCAGCGGCAACAUCAACGCGGCCGUCAUCAUGCUGGCCGAGCGCGCCGCCGACCUCAUCAAGCGCGACCGCCUGCUGCGCAUCUUGAACCCCUUCGACUGAAGCGGCGUUCAGAACGGGGGCCCGGCAAUUGCCUGACAAUGAUGAAUGGAAGUUCAAGAUUUUCAUGACAUUAUCGUCAAGCUGAAACCAUAGCAGUGUAAUUGAAGUUUUCUUUGCCUAAAAGUUAUUGGGAUCAGUUAUGUAGCACAAUGGAAGUAAGGUUUUGAAAAUAAAUGCGGUGCACAUAAUUUAAUAA